GAGAGAGUGUUUGAUGAAUUUAGAGAGAAGCGACUGACUGCUGCAGCAGAGCGUUUGAAACCAUGGCUAACAUUCCAAGGAUUAUUAAUAACGACAUUUAACAGGGAAACGCAGGAAAAAUGGCAGAGAGGCUGGAAUGGGUGGAGAUCAUCGAGCCUCGAACCCGAGAGCGGAUGUACGCCAACCUGCUGACGGGGGAGUGUGUGUGGGACCCUCCACUGGGGGUGCGGAUCAAGCACACCAGCGACAACCAGUGGUGGGAGCUGUUUGACCCCAACACCUCACGCUUCUACUACUACAACGCUUCCACACAGCGCACCGUGUGGCACCGGCCCCAGAACUGCGACAUCAUCCCCCUGGCCAAGCUACAGACGCUCAAGCAGAACACAGACUCACCACGCGCCUCUGCGGAGAACAGCCCAGGCCGGAACAGCAACGUGAGCCGUGAGGGCAGCACAUCCUCCUCCCUGGAGCAGGAGCUGGAGGGGAAGGCACUGCCCCAGGCACAGGCACAGGCUCUGCAGCAGCAGCAGCAGCACACGUUGGGCAGAGACGAGCCUGACAGGACACUGCAGGAGUCUGUUUGCCAGCGCGGAGGCUGGGUUGGAGAGGUGGGACUGGAGCACAAGACGUCUCCUUUCCGCUGGAACACUGGUACCAAGGAGCGGAUGCUAAUUAAGGUGACAGACCGUGAGCCCAGCUUCCUGGCUCACCAGGGUAACGGCUACGAGGGCCCUGGAGGAGGAGGGGGCGGCACACGGUCUCGGCGCUCCUCUGGGAACCAGCCCGCGCCUCCUGAGCCGGACAACUGCUCUGUCUUCUACCCUGAGCGCCGUCAGUCCCCUUUCAUGAAGCGGGUCGAGCUCGGGGGCUCCCCUCUGAUGGGUCGAGGGGACCCCUUCCAGCACCGCCGGGCCUCGGGCGACUCCCAGCCUCCCUCCCCCCGCUACGGCUAUGAGCCCCCACUCUACGAAGAGCCCCCCUCCGAGUACCAGCCCCCCAUCUACGAGGAGCCCCCCACAGACAUGCACUGCGAGGCGUCCCUCUUCGGCAAGGCCUGCUCUCCUCAGCAGAAAUCCCCUGGCCGUAAGCCCCAGCUGCCCCUCUUUCACUCCCCGAAGCAGGGCUCCCACUCUCCAUACCAGCAGCUGGUGCUCACCAAGCAGAAGUGCCCGGAGAAGUCCCUGAGCCUGGAGUACAGCCCAGCCGGCAAGGAGUAUGUCAAGCAGCUGGUCUACGUGGAGCAGUCCGGCUCCAGCCCACGCUUCAAAACAGCCGACCGGCUGCACCGUUACCAGCCGUCCAACACCAUCGCCGGCUAUGGGACCUCCUACACCCUGCAGCACAGCCAGUCCCUCAUUAGGGACCCCCGCACAACUGACCGCAGCAACAGCAACCCGGAGGACCCCUGUGAGCUGCGCCACCUGCUCUACGACGACUCCAUGUCCUGGUCCAACCAACAGGACACCCUGUCAUCCACAGGGGGCUACUCCCCGGGCAGCCGCAAGCGCAAGAGCUGCAAGCCCUCUCUGCCCCAGGAGGUGCCUGCUCACUGCGGGGAGAGUGUAGGGGAGUGUGAGCCUGCAGGGCAAGGCACCGUGGACAGGCAGCAGCAGCAGGGGGGAGGGUUAUCGGCUGCAGAAUCACCAAGGUCUGGUUAUCCCGAAUCCUAUCUGACCCAGGGCAGGCUGGCCUGGGAAGCCCAGCAGAUGCACCAGCUACGGCAGCGCAGUAGCUGGGACGCGGCCCAGCAGCAGGGGGCCCUGCAGAGCCAGCUGCAGCAGGGCAUUGGGGCCAAGGACGGGUACGAGAGUGAUGGUGCCGUGCCCCACCCCCUGCCCGGCCCAGUGGUCCGAGCUUUCAGUGAGGACGAGGCGCUGGCGCAGCAGGAUGGCCGGCACUGGAAAAGGAGCACCUUUGAAAGGCUGGGCUUCCCUCAGGUCCUGCUGGAGAAGAGUCUCUCUGUGCAGACCAACCUGGCCUCUCCGGAGCCAUUUCUGCACCCCUCCCAGUCAGAGGACCUGGGUGCCUGCGCUCAGUUCGAGUCCAGCAGGAAUGCCCGCAACAUGAACGCGAGUGCCAGCUGCGUGUUCCCGGAGUUCACGUUGCGUAAGCCUUCCUCGGAGACGGACAUCGAGAACUGGGCGUCUAAGCACUUCAACAAGCACACACAGGGGCUGUUCCGCCGUAAGGUCUCAAUCGCCAACAUGCUGGCCUGGAGCAGUGAACCGAUCAAGAAGCCCAUGAUCAUGACCUCCGACCGGGGUGUCAAGAAGGAGGCCGUGGAGAUCUUCAAGCUCAUCCAAAUGUACAUGGGAGACCGGCGGGCCAAGACGGACCAGCUGAACGUGGCUCUAGAGAUCGCUAUCAAGGGCUGGAGUGUGCAGGGGCUCAGGGACGAGCUCUACAUCCAGCUGUGCCGCCAGACCACAGAGAACUUCCGUUACGACAGCCUGUCACGUGGCUGGGAGCUUAUGGCCAUCUGUCUGGCUUUCUUUCCACCCACGCCAAAGUUUCACUCCUACCUGGAGGGCUACAUCUAUCGGCACAUGGACCCCUUGAACGACACUAAAGUGAACCAGCACAUUAGAGAUCUCCUGGAGGCGAAAAUCAAGAGGAGGCAGAAACCGCGAAAGAGAGGCAGGCCCCACAGUGAGGAGACUGAGGGGGUUGCCAUCAGCACCUACGCCAAGUACUGCUACCGCAAGUUACAGAAAGCAGCUCUCACCGGGGCCAAAAAGGGUCUGCAGAAGCCCAACCUGGAAGAGAUCAAGCAUGCAAGGAAUGCUGUAUUUUGCCCUUCGAUGUUCGGCAGCUCCCUGGAGGAAGUGAUGGUCAUGCAGAAGGAGCGCUAUCCAGAUCACCAGCUACCCUGGGUGCAGACCAGACUCUCUGAGGAGGUCCUCGGGCUCAAUGGGGACCAAACCGAAGGCAUCUUCAGAGUCCCUGGUGAUAUUGAUGAGGUGAACGCUCUCAAGCUGCAGGUGGACCAGUGGAAUAUCCCCACUGGACUGGAGGACCCACACAUCCCGGCCUCGCUGCUGAAGCUGUGGUACCGGGAGCUGGAGGAGCCUCUGAUCCCUCAUGAGUAUUAUGAUGAGUGCAUCACUCACUACGAGGACCCAGAAGCUGCAGUGCAAGUGGUGCACUCCUUGCCGGAGAUCAACAAGCUGGUGCUGUGCUACCUCAUCCGCUUCCUACAGGUCUUCGGUCAGCCUGACAACGUGUCGAUCACCAAGAUGGACGUAAACAACCUGGCCAUGGUCAUGGCUCCCAACUGUCUGCGCUGCCAGUCCGACGACCCGCGCAUCAUCUUCGAGAACACGCGCAAGGAGAUGUCCUUCAUCCGAGUGCUCGUGCAGCACAUGGACACCAGCUUCAUGGACGGGUUGUUAUAGCGCCAGGGAGCCCGGGGGGGUUCAUAGCAAAAACACUACCAACAAACUAGCAAAUGGGAACACACACACACCUAGUGGUGUUUGUACUGACUGCUUGACAGCUGAUCUAACACAGAGAAAGGACUGGAA